AUGGCAGCUCAGGCGAGUGAGAAGCUGCAGCAGCUGGACCUGAACGGCCAGCCCGGCGCCCAAGCGGACGCCCCGGCAGGCGGCCAGGCGGUCCCCGGUGAAGCCGAGGACGAUUCUGACGAUGACCAAGAAGAAGGUGAUGGCGCUCCGGACGCCGGAGCGACUGGAGCCGCCAAGAAGAAGAAGAAGCGCAAGUCCAAGAAGAAGAAGAAGGGUGGUGCUAAGGUCCAGAGCUCUCCGCCGCGGGUUCCCGUGUCCAAUCUCUUCCCCAACAACCAAUAUCCCGAAGGCGAGAUCGUCGAGUACAAGAACGACAAUGCUUAUCGCACCACCAACGAGGAGAAGCGCUAUCUCGAUCGCAUGAACAAUGAUUUCCUUCAGGAGUACCGCCAGGGUGCCGAGGUUCACCGUCAAGUCCGCCAGUAUGCGCAGAAGAACAUCAAACCAGGCCAGACUCUGACGGAGAUCGCGGAGGGUAUUGAGGAUUCCGUGCGCGCCCUGACUGGCCACUCGGGCCUUGAGGAAGGUGAUAACCUCAAGGGUGGUAUGGGCUUCCCUUGCGGCCUGAGCAUCAACCACUGUGCCGCGCACUACAGCCCUAACGCCGGCAACAAGAUGGUCUUGAACCAGGGAGAUGUGAUGAAGGUUGAUUUCGGUGCGCAUCUCAACGGCCGAAUUGUGGACAGUGCCUUCACCAUGAGCUUCGACCCGGUGUAUGACCCGCUUCUGGAAGCGGUCAAGGAUGCUACCAACACAGGUAUUCGCGAAGCUGGUAUUGAUGUCCGUAUGAGUGAUAUCGGUGCCGCCAUCCAGGAAGCCAUGGAGAGCUACGAGGUUGAGCUGAACGGAACCAUGUACCCCGUCAAGUGCAUCCGUAAUCUGAACGGCCACAACAUUGAACAGCACCGCAUCCACGGUGGCAAGAGCGUGCCUAUUGUCAAGGGUAGUGACCAAACUAAGAUGGAGGAGGGUGAAGUCUUCGCCAUCGAAACCUUCGGCAGCACCGGAAAGGGCUACGUUCGGGAAGAUAUGGAAUGCUCUCAUUACGCCCUUGCUCCUGACGCACCUAAUGUUCCCCUGCGUCUCUCAUCCGCUAAAAACCUGUUGAACGUGAUCCAGAAGAACUUCGGCACUUUGCCUUUCUGCCGACGUUAUCUUGACCGACUAGGCCAGGACAAGUAUCUCCUCGGGUUGAACAACCUGGUCUCCUCAGGUAUUGUUCAGGACUACCCGCCCCUUUGCGACAUCAAGGGCUCCUACACUGCUCAAUUCGAACAUAUCAGCGCCAAGCCACAUUGGACCAUCGAACUCUCCCGUGUCGCCCCACGUGGAGAGUGUCUUCCGCCUUUUCCUGUCCGCUCAUUUCCUCCAUGUCAACACUCCUCGCCAGCAUUGCUCUCGUUAAUCAUGCCUUCGGUCGUUGAAACCGCGUCACCUCAUCUCCGGGUGGCGGCGACCAAGGCGUCGUCCCCCGCGGCCACGGAAGCCCCCUCCGCCAGAAUCUCGCCGCCAGAGACCUCCUCGGUCGAAGACCAUUUCUUUUGGACCUAUACAGAGGAGCCGCACCGGUCUAGGCGGCAGGCAAUUAUCAAGGCUCAUCCGGAGGUCACCAAGCUCUGCGGACCUGAGCCUCUGACGAAAUGGGUCGUCCUCCUCGUCGUGUCUAUUCAACUUACCUGCGCAUACCUUCUCCGCAAUACCUCGAUCCUUGACUGGCGGUUCCUGGCUACUGCAUACGUGGUUGGAGCCACGUCGAAUCAGAACCUGUUCCUCGCUAUCCACGAGAUCUCCCAUAAUCUGGCUUUCCGGUCGCCCUUGGCCAAUCGAAUUCUGGCUAUCUUCGCAAACCUCCCUAUCGGAUUGCCGUACAGUGCUGCCUUCCGGCCAUACCACCUUACCCAUCACAAGUCGCUCGGCGUGACCGGUCUAGACACUGACCUCCCUACCGCGCUGGAAGCCUUUUUCCUCAAUUCUCUUCUGGGCAAGACAUUCUUCUGCACCUUCCAGAUCCUCUUCUACGCCGUGCGGCCCAUGUUCGUCUACAGUCCGCCCUUCACCUCGAUCCACCUGCUCAAUCUCGCCGUGCAACUGAGCUUCGACUAUGCCCUCACCCGGUUCACCGGCUCGCUCCAGCCAUUCUACUACUUCAUCGCCAGCUCCUUCCUGGCCGGUUCUCUUCACCCCUGCGCCGGUCACUUCAUUGCCGAGCACUACUUCUUCUCUAACGUGAAAAGCGGCGGCACCGAGUCCCUCGCCCAACUCAAGCAGAAGCCCGCCACCAAGGUCGACGCUUCGCACCCGCUUAGCGGCCUUGCCCCGCCGGAGACGUACUCCUAUUAUGGCCCGCUGAACAUCCUCACAUACAACGUCGGCCUGCACAACGAGCACCACGACUUCCCUGCUGUUCCCUGGACCCGGCUGCAUAAGCUGCACUCCAUUGCGCGGGAGUUCUACGAACCCCUGCCCUGCCAUCGCAGCUGGGUCUGGGUGAUCUGGACUUUCAUCCUGGACAAGAAUGUUGGCCCGUGGUGCCGUGUGAAGCGCGCUCAGGGCGGACGCGUUGUUGGUGGUGGGAGUACUGGAAAGACAUCCACUGGGCGUGGGGGUGAGGGAAUCUCGGCUGCGUCGGCGGGUCCGGCUGGCGAAGAGGGCGAUGGGUGGAAGGAGAGUGAGAUUCAGUGCUAG